AUGGCUGAGAAACUACCCAAAUCUGAUGAUCUAAAAGCUACAUGGUCUUUUGUAGAACCUGGACUCCAAUUGAUUCUUGGAAGCGACUCAGUGGCCACGGUUACUCCCAAAAUGUACAUGAAUGUCUACACUGCAAUCUACAACUAUUGCAUCAACAAGUCCAGGACCCCAACGCAGGAUUCGUCUUACGGAUCGGGCUCUAACUCUACUACGAAUGCGUCUCUCGUGGGAGGAGAAAUCUAUCUUAAAUUACAGCAAUACUUGAUCGAAUACAUUCAACAGUUAGAAAAGAAACCAGAGGAAUCUUUUCUCCAAUUUUAUGUCCGUCGAUGGGUCCGUUUUACAAUCGGUGCUGGAUAUUUAAAUAAUGUUUUUGAUUACAUGAACAGAUACUGGGUUAAAAAGGAGAGAAGUAAUGGAAGAAGAGAUAUUUAUGAUGUGAAUACCUUGUGUCUCUUAACCUGGAGAGACUUUAUGUUUCGGCCUAAUUUGGAGAUAUUGCUAGAAGAAAUCUUGACACAGGUCGAAUUGCAAAGGUUGCAUAAAAUUGAACUAAAUAUGGAAAUUUCAUUUGCCAUCAAAUCAUUUGUCUCUUUGGGAUUUGACAUCAACGAUCUUAAGAAGCAAAAUUUAAGCGUUUACAUAACUGAUUUUGAGAAAGCUUACUUAGAUGCAACUCUAAAGUUUUACACAGAAGAAUCCGAUGAAUUCUUGGAGACUAAUGGUGUUGUGGAAUAUAUGAAAAAGGUCGAUACGAGACUGGCAGAGGAAAACUCAAGAGCUAACAUUAUUCUCAUCGAACACACCAAAAGACCGCUUGCUGAUGUUUUAAACAACGCUUUGAUCGAGAGACAUGUUGAAGUGAUGUAUGAGGAAUUCAAUAAUCUUCUUGAUCAAAAGCAAACUGAAGAUAUAUACCGGAUGUAUUCCUUGUUGCAACGAGUACCCCCUACGCUGGAGCCUUUACUAAUCAAAUUUGAAGCAUAUGUUAAACAGCAAGGUCUCAAGGCCGUUGCUGAACUCAAACAGUCGCAAGCAGCUGCAGAAUCCAUGGGAGCUGCAUCAAAAAAAUAUCAAGCACUUUUACCAAAACUAUACAUCAAAACUCUACUCCAAGUGUAUGAAAGAUUCAAUGAGGUAGUUUACAUGGCAUUUGGGAAUAACCCGUUGUUUGUAAAAUCACUGGACAAUGCGUGCAGAGAUUAUAUCAACAAUAACUCUAUCGCUAUGCCCGGAAUUGAUAAUAAUGGCCCCACAGUAUUCAAAGGAAACUCGAAGACACCAGAGUUGUUGGCCAGAUAUGGUGAUACCUUAUUGAAGAAAAAGGCUAAAGAUUCAGAUGCUACCGCUGAUAUGUCAGCUGAUGAAUUAAUGAAUAUUUUCAAGUUUAUAGCCGAUAAAGAUGCAUUUGAAACUCAUUACAGACGCUUACUGGCCAGAAGACUGAUCAACGGCAACAUGGUUUCGGAAGAAGAGGAAGAAUCGAUCAUUCAAAAGUUGAAAGAAUUUAAUUCUCUAGAGUAUACUACAAAGAUGUCGAAUAUGUUCGCCGACAUGAAAGCUUCCAAGGACUUGCGAUACUGGUUCAAGGAACAAGAAGAAUCAGAUAAUACAGAUCUGAAUAUUUUUGUGCUUAGUCAAACAGCAUGGCCUUUCCCUCAAUUCAAGCAACCGUUCACCCUACCAGAUGAGCUAUUAGGUACAAAAGAACAGUUUGAAAAGCUUUAUUCUGAAAAGCACUCCGGUAGACGACUGAAAUGGCUCUGGAACCUUUGUCGUGGAGAAAUGAAGGCCAACCUAGCCAGGCCUGGUAAACCGCCAUUUAUUUUAACUGUUAACUUGUUCCAAAUGAGUAUAUUACUUCCAUUCAACAAACGUGAAACAUACAGCUUUGAGGAACUUCAUGAAAUAACCAAUUUGACUCCAGAGCACUUAGAAAGCUGCAUUACUCCUUUGGUGAAAUACAAACUUCUCAUUCAGUCUCCAGAAGGCUCAGAGAACACAGGCAAGUCCAGUACCAAAUUUACAGUUGUCAAGGAAUAUAAGUCCAAGAAAAUGAAAGUUAAUUUUAUGCAAGGAGUGAAGCUUGAUCAAAAGCACGAUCAUGACGAUGCUCAAAAAGAAAUCGAAGAUGAUAGAAGAAGUUUCCUUCAAGCCUGUAUUGUUCGUAUCAUGAAAGCACGUAAAGUACUCAAGCAUUCUGCGCUGAUCAACGAGGUGGUCCAACAAUCACACGCCAGAUUCCAGCCUAGUGUUGGAGAUAUCAAAAAGGCUAUUGAUCUUUUAAUUGAGAAGGAAUAUUUGAACCGCGUAGACGGUGACAGUUACGAGUAUCUAGCAUAG